UACAGGCGGCUCUCCAAAAUUUCAUGUUGUCAAUUUAAAUGCUCAUUUUAUGCUCUCAUCAUUAAUCCACUCUCACAACAUCCCUUCAUCAAUUCAUUAACACCCCAUGCCUUUGAUCAUUUCCUUAUCAAUUUUCCAUAUGAUCAAAAUCUAAUUUUUAAGACUAUUGGGAUCCCAUUGUUUCUCUCUAUGCUUUUUCUUGGUCAGACUGAAAUCUACUACCUUGGGUCUUUCUUAUUUUCUCUUGUGGCUGUAAAGAGUGUUCUUUCUUUGACAAUUUCAGUUGUAAAAUUCUUGAUCACUCAUCGGUCAUCACUUAUGACAUUGAAACCCUAAUGGGAGAAAUACCCGGAUUGGUUUUUUGGUACAGCUAUCGAUUUAUGAGUCGAUUGGAGUUGCAAUUUGUUCCUUAGCCAUCAUUGUAUGUCUCUGAUUUUGAAUUCCAAGUUCUACAGUCACUGUUGAAUAGAUUUGGAUUUCGUAUCUCACCGACCUCUCAAAGCAUUAAGAAAGUUGCAUAUUCUGAACCCUGUCUCGUAUUUCUUACAUCAGUAGACUAUUUCCCUAGAUUCUUAGUCAUUUACAUGUGAAAUCCCAUAUUUUAUGAUCUACAUUGCCAUAAUUAGAAAACCAGGCAUCCAUGUCAAUCAUAUGUGGCGUCCCACUCCUCGAAUGUGUUUACUGUCUGGCAUGUGCACGCUGGGCAUGGAAAAGGUGUCUUCACAGCGCUGGCCAUGACAGUGAAACAUGGGGCCUUGCGACUGUUGAAGAAUUUGAGCCCGUGCCACGACUGUGCAGCUAUAUUCUAGCAGUCUAUGAAGAGGAUAUUCGACACCCACUUUGGGAACCCCCUGGAGGCUAUGGGAUCAACCCAGAUUGGUUGAUUCUAAGAAGAACUUAUGAAGACACUCAAGGGCGUGCCCCUCCAUAUAUAUUAUAUCUCGAUCAUGAUCAUGCCGAUAUAGUUCUUGCCAUUAGAGGUCUUAAUUUGGCAAAGGAGAGUGACUACCAAUUGCUUUUGGAUAAUAAACUGGGGAAAAAGAAAUUUGAUGGAGGCUAUGUUCAUAAUGGACUCUUGAAAGCUGCAGGAUGGGUUUUGGAUGCAGAGUGUGAUAUUUUGAAGGAAUUGGUGGAGAAGCAUCCGAAUUACACUUUGACAUUUGCUGGACAUUCUCUUGGUUCGGGUGUAGCAUCCAUGUUGGCAUUGGUGGUCGUUCGACACCAUGACAAACUUGGAAACAUUGAUAGGAGGAGAAUUAGGUGUUACGCAAUUGCACCUGCACGGUGCAUGUCACUGAACUUAGCUGUCAGAUAUGCAGAUGUCAUCAAUUCCGUGGUUCUUCAGGAUGACUUCUUGCCACGAACAGCCACGCCUUUGGAAGACAUUUUCAAGUCUCUCUUCUGUUUGCCCUGCCUGCUUUGUUUGAGAUGCAUGAGGGAUACUUGUAUACCAGAGGAGACGAUGCUUAGAGAUCCAAGGAGGCUGUAUGCACCUGGCCGCCUCUAUCAUAUUGUUGAGCGAAAGCCUUUCAGGUUAGGAAGAUUCCCCCCUGUUGUCAGGACAGCAGUGCCGGUCGAUGGGAGGUUUGAGCACAUUGUUCUUUCUUGUAAUGCCACCUCGGAUCAUGCUAUAAUAUGGAUAGAGAGAGAAGCACGACGAGCUAUGGAUAUAAUGCUGGAGGAAGAUCGGAUCAUGGAGAUCCCAGCAAAACAGAGGAUGGAACGGCAGGAGACUUUAGCUAGAGAACACAGUGAAGAGCACAAAGCCGCUCUCCAAAGGGCUGUAACACUGUCAGUGCCUUACGCUUUUUCACCUUCACAAUAUGGAACUUUCGAUGAGGGAGAGGAUGGGGAGAACUCCCAUAAAUCUAGCGGGGAUGCCGAAUCAUCUGUCCGGCCAUCAGGGAAAAGCAAGAAUAAGGAAAGCUGGAAUGAGUUGAUCGAAAAUCUUCUCGAAAAAGAUGAAUCUGAGCACAUGGUGCUCAAGAGGUCACAUAGUUAUGAUUGAUGAUGAUGAUGUACACUAAGGGAUAACACGCACAAAAGAUCAAGCAUUAUGGUUGUGAUGAACAGUAUUCAUUGAUUCA